AUGGGUCCUCGGUUUCUCUUCUUUGUUUCUGAUUUCUUCUACGGUCUUGUAAUUGAGGAAGGCAUUGCUGAUUGGAAUCAUGCCCUAGUGGGUCAGUUCAUCGGCGUGGCUCCAAGAUUUGCUUCAUUGCAGCGUAUUAUCGUUUCGAUUUUGGGGAAAUCUUCGCAGGUGAAGGUUAGUUUAGCUGGUCCUAACCUCUAUGUGUUUUCGUUUACGGAUGCUAAUCUGAGGGACUGGGUGCUCGAUAACGGUCCCUGGCAUAUCCAGAAUAAACCUCUGGUUUUGAGGAGGUGGGAGCCUGGAUUGCAGAGACUCAAUUUUGACCUAGCGCUAAUGCCUAUCUGGGUUCAACUCUAUAAUAUCCUGCUUGAGCUCUACACUCAAAAAGGACUUAGUUACAUAGAUAGUGCAUUAGGUAAUCCUCUUUUUAUGGAUUCCAUCACUGCAUCUCGUGAGAGGCUAGAAUUUGCUAAACUGUGUGUUGAGAUUGAUGUUGGCAGUGUUCUCCCUGAUGUUAUUCAUGUAAUGCUUAAGGAUGGGACGUUUGUGGAAAUAGAAGUGCAUGUGCCAUGGAUGCCUCAGUCCUGUGCUACAUGUAAAGUGUUUGGGCAUCAUGUUAGCUCGUGUACUAAGAUUAGGCAAACUUCUAUUAAGCCUAAGGAAGUUCAAGUCUGGAGGAAGAAAGAAGUCACCCAUUCUGAUGAGACUGGUAGUAAGGAACCUCUGUUUACUAUUGUUGAAGCUACUCAUGAGAAGCUUACUUCUUCUUCUGAUUUGAAGGAUCAUAAUGGUGACUCUAGUGGGCUUGUUAGCAACUUGGGGGUCGAGGGAGUUGUCAAGCCUAGUGAAUUUCCUUCUCUUCAGGAUUCUCUGAAGAAGAAGACUAGGGGUAAGAAAAAAGAGAAUAUUGGUUCCUCUAGUAAGGUAGGAAACUUGGUGGAUGGCCCCAGGAAGACCAGGGCUGCUUCUAUUGGUGUAGCUUUGUUACUUAAUGAGAUUAAGGCUAAGAAGAGGGAUUAUUUGGAUAAAGUGAAGAGUAAUGUGGUGUCUUUGGGUCCUGGCUGUGAUGUUCAUUCCUCCUCUUGA